GGACUAAGCAAUAUUAUCGAAGUACUUUAAGUUAGAUGUAUAAAUAGUUGCAUGUAGUACACAAGCCUCUGUCGCACCCCUUGUGUAAAUAAAUAAACGAAAAAGUGUUGGUCGUUACAACUCCAUAGCUAAUAAGUACCUGAACUAAACCAAACCAAAUUAACUAACCGCUCAUCUCUCUGUUUAUAUUCUUUUAGCCUCUUCUAAGAUUCCCACAUCAAUGGAGAAGCUAAAAUUAUCUACUAAGCCUUUAACAACGCCCCAUGUACAAAAUCAUUUAUGGGUUCCUCAAAGUUCAAGAAUUCUUUGUGUUCAUAACAAAAAAGACCGCACCUUUUCAUUUACUGUUACUUGUAAGCUCAAGACUUCAAAAGGGAAGAAAAUUAACAAGAAAAAGAAAAUUUCUUGGCCAGACUCCGGUGGAGCACCGCCCCUUUUGGAGCGGAAGAAGGCGGUGGAAACCACCACUAAGAAUAAUGCAGAUGAUAAAGUGUUGUUUAAGAAAGUGCCCGAGAGGGUAUUGGGAGUUCUCUCUAAUUUGAAUUUGGCUAUUGGUGAUAUGUUUGCUGUUGCUGGCUUAAUGGCCUUAGGAAGUUCUAUCAUUGAACAAGGGGAGGUUCCGGAAUUUUUUUUCCAGAAUUUUCCUCAAGAUCAUCCUCUCUUCGGCUUCUUUUCUUGGGAACGGAUUUUCACCCUCAGUCUUGAUCACAUAUUCUCAUCCCCUGUUUUCCCCUCGGCCUUGGCUCUGCUAGGUGCGUCAUUGAUGGCUAGCACAUAUGCAAAACAAAUUUCCCUUGUGAAGGUAGCAAAAAGGCAGUCUUUCUCGAAUUCAGCUGAGACAAUUCAUAAGAAAGAAGAUGCAGACACUCUUCCUAGAGAAUCGGUUAAAGACUCGGGUGUCACACAGAUGGGAGCUGGAUAUGAGGUAUUCUUAAAAGGGCCAGCUCUACAUGCACUUAAGGGGUUGGCAGGUCGAUUUGCUUCAAUUGGAGUACAUUUGGCGCUGCUGCUUGUAAUGUCUGGAGGAACUCUCGAUGCAGCAAGCACUUCAGGAGAGGAUGUGACUGUUCCAAAAGGUUUAGAUUCUGUUGUGGGGUCCGGGGUUCUAUCGACUCCUUCUGAUGCUUCUAGUAAUGAGGUUCGUGUCAAUCGAGUAUACAUGGACUAUGAUGAAAGUGGAAAGGUUUCACAGUUCCAUACUGAUAUUUCUCUGUUUGACCUUAAUGGAAAGGAAGUACUAAGGAAAACCAUAAGUGUCAAUGACCCCUUAAGAUCAACACUAGCUCGUGAUUUGCAGUCAAAUGUUCUUUAUGAUGAAGAAGGGAAAUUUGCUGGAGUUAGACGGCCAAACUUGAAUCUUCCAAUUGAGAUUGACGGAUCAAAAAUUGUCGUUGUAGAUGCAAUUGGAAAUAGUGAGAUUGAUCCAGGAGUACCUAUUGUCUAUGCUGGUUUUGGAUCUCUAAUCCUUUCAACUUGUAUUAGUUAUUUGUCGCAUGCACAGCUCUCGACCUUACAAGAUGGAAAAACUGUGGUGGUUGGUGGUAAGACUAACCAAGCCAAGGGCGAGUCAUCAGACAAAGGCGAUAGCUCAAUCGAUCAAGUCCCCGAGUUAGUUGAAUCAUCUUCUACGGAGGAGUCUGAUAGUUUCAUUGGUUUCAGAAUCCAACUUGGAAUUUGGAACAACAAAGAUUUUGAUAUGUAAGUAGCUGAAGUUAGUAUACCAGAAACACAAGAAUGAGAAUGCAAAGUCAAAAGAAUUGAUCUCAUUACUUGAUCAUUGUCUUGAUAGGACAAGUUAUGGAUCAAAUUCUUGACUUUGUAAUGUAAUUAGUAGUCCUUUUCUUUUGUUUUGGGGGCUGGUAGGUAGAGGAAUUACAGGUGUAUAAAAUAGUAUAUGUAUUUGAAGGGAUAAAAAAGUUAUUGGGAUAGAUUUUGACCCUUUUGCAUUACUAAAAUGUCAUAUUUCUGUAUAUAGAAAGAGCGAAGAGUUGUAUAUCUACAUGUAAAUGGUAUUUGUUCGACUGCAAAUUAAAAAUAUAGUAGGUAAUGUGUCUUAUUUUCUC